AACAACAACAACAACAAAAAAAAAAAAAAAAAAAAAAAAAGGAAAACUUGGUCACGUGGUCAGUGAUACUUCCGUCGUCUUGGAUGUGCGUUUCCUAACCCGUCCGCUGUUCUGGUUUAGAAGGCCAAAUAGCGACAACCCGGUGUGAUGGCUGCAACGUUACGUCUUCUCUAUUCCAUGUCCAGGCCAGUGAGCCACAAUCUUGUGCGUCCUCUCAGUUUAUCAGCGCAAAGAGAGGGUUACAAAUUUGUGAAUGCUCAGGAACCUCUCAAUGAUAUGAAGUCCAUCACAGAUCGAGCCGCUCAGACCCUGCUUUGGACAGAGCUGUUCCGAGGUUUGGGAAUGACUAUGAGUUAUCUUUUCCGGGAGCCUGCCACCAUUAACUACCCGUUUGAGAAAGGUCCACUGUCCCCACGUUUUCGGGGAGAGCACGCUUUGCGCCGGUACCCCUCUGGAGAGGAGCGCUGCAUCGCCUGCAAGCUGUGUGAGGCUAUUUGUCCUGCACAGGCCAUUACAAUCGAAGCUGAACCCCGUGCUGACGGAAGCAGGCGAACAACACGUUAUGACAUUGACAUGACAAAAUGCAUCUACUGUGGUUUCUGCCAGGAGGCCUGUCCUGUGGAUGCAAUUGUAGAGGGGCCGAACUUUGAAUUUUGUACAGAGACUCACGAGGAACUUCUCUAUAACAAGGAAAAGCUGCUCAAUAAUGGAGACAAAUGGGAGGCUGAAAUUGCAGGGAAUAUUCAAGCCGACUAUCUUUAUAGAUAGACAGGCUGUCUGGGUCCUGGCACACACUGACUGACUGACUUACUGACCGACCGACCGACCAAAUAUCAGCUAUCCAUCAAUAAAGAUCAUUAAUAAAUUGGUCAGCAUCUACUCCUAAUUAAGGUUAAGAGGCCAAAUGGAUUUCAGCACAGACACCAUGGAAUACUGAGUGACUCUUCAAUAAUUAAAAUGGUAAAAAUACAAUGUAUGUCCAGAAAGUCCUAUCAAUCCUAAAAGCUCUUUUAAAAAAAAAAACAUGGCACUUGGAUACUGUAUUUUGGUACAAAACCACUGGCUGACACAUACAUAGAAGUACAGUUUCCUCAACACAUUCUACACAUACACGCUGUCCCAGAAGCCCACCUCAGAGGGGUGCGACAUGUGAGACAAAAAUACUUUACAUUACACGCACAGCUCAGCAAUCGAAGUGUUGCAGAAAGAACAUUUGUGUUGUUACUUUGAUGUUAGGACUUACAGAAUGACAGACAGGAUUGUGUGUCCUUAUAAUAACUGUACAAAAUACCUGUAUUGAAUAAAUUAAUGUUGGGAAAAAUA